GUGUGUAAUUUUCAUUAACCAUGGAAGGAAAUCAACCCAAGCGAACACCCGAGGAAGUAUUAUUCAAAUGGGAAGAUAAUAACGAAAACAAGAGACGAAACACCAGCACAUUUAGUGCUGGUGUUUCCGCAGUUUCAAGUUUAUGGGCUGACCCUAUGAACUCGAGUGCUGUCAACACAGAAACCCGUAACUUCUCGAACCGAGUUGUGCCAUCUGACCGUAUAGACGAAAAGAACGUACAUGUAGAGGCACAGAGAUUGCGAGAAACGGUAGCUAGCAUACAGCUAUCACAUAAUCGUGAGUGGUUGGCAAACAACACUAAUGCAGUAUCCUUAAAGAAUCUGGAUGUAGUGGAUCGUAUAUCAUGUCUCUUGAUAAACAAAAAUAGCGCUAUGCGCUAUGAAGCAAAGAAAUACCUGAAUAGAGAAGGUAGAUUAGAAUUGGAUUUCCACAGACAACUAUACCAAUCAAGGAUAACACGCUUAAACAGGUCAAAUAUUCCGGAGUACUGCUUGCAACCAGUAUAUAUCAGAAAUAUUACUAUAGUAGCAAGAUUAAAGAAUAAAUGUGAAUGCCCACUUCAUGUAUACGUCGAGUGGAACAUGCGUCACAACAAAAAAAGUGCCUCCCAGCAACCGCAUGACUAUUCACUUGGAACAAUACAUAGGCACCUUAAUACAACGCCAUUCUAUCAAUCAGAUGACAAUAGUGGUUUUAUGAGUGCUAGGGAGUGGCCGGGAGCACAAUAUAUGCCAAGGGCUUCUCAAGCACCUAUGAGGCAAUUCAUGCCUGGAUACAACCAAUCGAAUAACUUUGUGUCCAGUAAUUCUAGUAGGGCUACUGGGCCCGUCACUAAUACUGAUGAACAAGGAUACAGCGAUGCGUUUAGCUCGUUCAAGGACCCUGCCGCACCGGGUAACGAUGCUACCCUAGGAGACUGGACUUUAAGUCAAGUGAAUUUCUCCCGUAAAUCGCAAGUCAGUGGCAUCCCAAAUACUGAAAAUGAACAAAGAAACAAGGAAACAAACAAAACGUUGGAACAUCUAGAAGCGGUAUGUCCAAUGCACGCAGCAAUUGCGUUACCCUACCUGAUAAGUGAUACCGGAGGGUCACUGCGUGUUAUAACCAAUAUGGGAUUAAUGGCCAGGUACGACAAGUCUGUAUCAAAUAAUAAAACGAUACAUGCCCUGGCAUUACACAAGCUAUCGGGGGAACAUAAAGUACAUCAUUUCAGGCUGCCAUCACAGUUACAGUGUAUAGAUAUGAUAACACUACGUGAUAUUGAACUCGAAAGAUAUAGUCUAACUGGCGAAUUGGAAAAACGUGAAGCGACGGACAAGUCAAGUGAUAAUUAUCUAUCGCAUGUAUACACAGGAAAAGCAUUGUUCAUAGCGACUGUCACGGAAUUCAUUAUCGCCGUAGUACACGAAAGUGAAAGUGAUAUACGGUUAGGAGUGAUAUAUCGCGAAAUGAACACAGGUCUUGAUGUACGUGAUAUUUUGUGCCAUAACGCUUCAGGGCGCAUCUUCCUACUGUGCGCCAAUUGCCAAUUGUACGAGUUCCAGUAUCAGCUGGGUUCAGUAGAUACCAUAGAUAAGUCGUUCCUUGGUAAGAUUAUAUCAGCGGCUGCUAAAGGAUGUAAAAUGCUGCUUAAUGCGCUCAGUAAUGAUAGGGUAUACAGACUACACGGUACGGUGCCAAGCGGAUAUGCAGUAGAAACACCAGUAGUGGAAGGUGCGUCAAGUGAUAUUGAACCCAAUUGGUGGGAUUAUGGGUUCAAUUGCCUAAAUGACCUCGCGAAAACAUGCCCAUCUAUGGGAACAGCGUACUGGCCACCAGUUGAAUGGCGAGCUUUACAUCUGUCACUAGAACGAUCUGCAUUUUUUGAUACUGCCGAAACAGAUUGCUGUAAGUGCGUAAGGUCAACAUCAUGUAUCAAGCGAGUGUGCCGUACUAGCGUUAGAAUUGUGAAUUCAUGGAACAGGUCCUGGUUUGGAGUGCUCGCGUCUGCUGACCCGCGAAUAUCGAUAGAUGAAGAACGCUGGAUACUGGCAAUGCUGUGCCAUGAUAGCGGUGAUCUAUGUGUCUUCAGAAUACAGGAUACAAGCAGAUUCGACUCAUUCAUUAACGCGGUGACUAAUUACGGACCCUUAGUACCAUAUAACAUGACGUUCUACUGCCUUCGCCAAGGAGAUAUGUUAAACCAAUUGGUUAAAGCAGGAUAUACAAUGUAUGUCGGCUCAACAAUGGACUUCAAAGCAGUAGAUGUAUUCCCAGCGCCGAACGGCAGAGUUGAAGGAGUGGAUAUAGUAGUGGUGGACAACGUAGGUACACGUAUAUAUGUAGGAUUCGUAGCCGAUGAGGCGAAAAGGCUAUCGCUGGUAGUCAAGGGGUUCAGCGCAAUGGGAUCAUCACCAAUAAGACGGAUGAGUUCUAUUACUAGUCAAAAUUAUCUCGGAAGGUUCUUCCGCGACCGAUUCUCGGAAACAGAGUUUGGGACAUUCGCAACAAAGAAGAAGUAUUUCUACAUCAAUGAUCUGUUCAUGGCAGCAGAAUUCUAUCCUAAGAAUAGUAACCUAAUAGUCGUGAAAGUCACUGUUUUCACCCCGGAAACAGUAUCGUUAUGCGAACCCAGCGGAGACUCGCCGCAGUCCAUAUCAGAGGAACUAUGGUAUCAUAACAGAGGACAGAUGUCAGAUACCAAGCGAUCUAAGUUCAUUAACUCUAACAUACGCCCUGUAGAGUGGUUCGAUGAAUUCUGCCUGCUGAUGUCACCAGGAGAAGAUAUCAUAAAGGUAUACAGCGAUGAAGUGCCAUGCAGUGACGUGGAUAGGAUAGAAGUGAAUUGGGAUCUUGUUAUUGUAACAACUCAGAAAGUGUAUAAAUUUAGGAGAUCUAACCUGAAGAAUGUAAUUGAAUCACUAUUGGAACAACCAAGAAAAACCCUUAAAUGCAUAGAUCCACCGUCAUUGUUCCUGGAGCAAGUUGAACUGAAGUCACCACGAACACAAGAAGCAUUAGAACGUACUAAUCAAUUCGUAGAUAUCUUCGCAGAGAGAAAUGACGUAAAAACUAUAAAUGAAGAGUCAAAUAGGGAAUUGGUGGCAUACGGAUUGUACUACCUGUGCUGGCUGUAUACACCAGAAGAAGUGUUGAAAGCAUGCUGGAAUAUAUACUUAAGUAAACCGGAUAACCUACUGGAAUCUUGGCUAGUACACCCAAGCGAUGGUAAUAACCUUCUUCUGUCAUCAAUAGGUAUAAGCUCCGGGCUGUUUAGGUGGACAGCACCAGGAGCUUAUGCAAUCAACGAUAAAGGCAAUCCCACCACCCCGAUAUGCAGUCCUUGGUGCAAAUUCGUGGUGUUCGACGAACCUAGGAUGUAUAGAUUUAACAGGAUUAGUACUGGAAUCACAUCUGCUGCUGUAGAUGGAGCACUCAGCCUGAUUGCUGAUAUGAUAGAACCGUUGUGGUUGGAACGUAUGUUUGUAAGCUCACCAAUGUUUUCUUGUGGAUCAUACGUAGCAGUAAAUAAUGGCCCGAUACCAUUCACACCAUCGGAUCAAAUACCACGUAAAAAUGAAUUUAUCGUGGGCCCCAAAUUCAAUAUUAACAUGGUAUUGAGUUUAUCCAGGCCAGUGGAGUACUUCAGGGCGCUACUGACGCAAAUGAGACGACUCUAUUUAGUACUUCGUGAAGUAACGGUCAAUUACGAGGCAAUGCCCAAUGAACAGGUAACGUCAUUAGCACAGGCGUUGGCAAAACUGUCACCUAAAAUAAGGCGUGAUAUCUUCCCAGAAGUGGAAUCACAGGAUGGUACCAUAGAAUCCAGGCUAACUGAACGACAUCAAAGGGAUGUGAUUACACUAAAGGAACUGGUUACAUUACUUGAAAUAUCGCAAGAGUACGUGGCAUGCUGUAUUCUACUACAUAAUAACUGCAUCAUGGUUGAUACCCAGCAUGAGUUUGAGCUGUUGUACAAAAAUCUGAAAUUGCUACCGUCACACUCUACAUCGAAAUUAUCUAGUGACGAGCUGUUACAUCACGAUUUAAUUAGUCACAAUGAUCCAAAUGUAGCGGCAUUUAACGUACAGCAUUGUGACUCGUUAGGGCCAUAUACAUUCACAAUGGCAAGGGAGUUCUUCUACGCAAUAUCAAGGUCAAACAUGCUAAACCUAUGCUCAAACCAGGAAUUCUUCCGGACCUUCAGAGUAGCUGUAUGGCUCGCGGGAGGCGAAGUGUCAAGUCUGCAGGAAUACUUCUAUGGCCAUAUGUUCAAACCUGAUGAACUGUGCAUUAAGCAUUGGUCAACCAUGGUCAAGUCAUUGGAACGACAGUUGUCCAAUGCCGAUAGCAAUGCAUCAGUAGCGCACUAUGCCAGACUUCUUAUGCGCUGCAUAGGUGACAAAAAUGCCCCUUAAUUUGUUAUUGAUCUGAGCAG